UCCAUAUCCAGAAAAAAAAAUUGGAGUUCUUCAAGUUGCCCCUCUCCCCGCCAACAUUCUCUUUUCCUCCUCACUUCCUUUCGCAAAACUUCAAACCACAACGAUUCUGGGUGUCAACUCCAAUUUUCUUACCUCUUUUAGUCUGAGGAGAGUGCCCUUUGUUCAUUUCUCGUUCUUUGUCUGGCUCUUACGUUCCCAAUCUAUCCAUCCCGUCUCUUGAACCCCACUUGACUAGUCAGCGCGUCAUGGCCCAGCAGGUCGAGAAUACCAACAAUGACCAUCUGGUCCAAUCUUCCGACCCGGAGCACCCAUCUAACUUGAUCCCUGAACUCUGUCGUAAAUUCUACAACUGGGGAUGGGUCACUGGCACUGGUGGUGGUACUUCUAUCCGACGCGAUGACCACAUCUUCAUUGCGCCGUCUGGUGUGCAGAAGGAAUUAAUAAAGCCAGAGAACAUCUUCGUUCUCCAGUUCCCCACCCCCAAAUAUCCCCCCUCCGAGCGCAAGUAUAUCCGCAAGCCACUCGACCUGAAGCCAUCGGCCUGCACUCCUCUGUUCCUGGCGGCCUUUGAGCGUGGUGCAGGCUGCUGCAUCCACACCCACUCCCAGUGGGCCGUCUUGGUGACGCUUCUAGUGGAGCGUGAAAAGGGACCCGGAGGCUACUUUGAGAUCAGCAACAUUGAACAGAUCAAGGGUAUCCCUCGCGGCAAGGGCAAGGGCAUGCUGGGCUUCUUUGAUACUCUGAGAAUCCCGAUCAUUGAGAACACCGCCUUCGAGGAGGAUCUCACCGGAAGCUUGGAGAAGGCCAUGGAGGAGAACCCCGACACCUGCGCCGUUCUUGUGAGAAGGCAUGGAAUUUACGUCUGGGGAGAUGAUGUUGCCAAGGCCAAGACUCAAUGUGAAAGCUUGGAUUAUCUGUUCCAGCUUGCGGUGGAGAUGCACAAGCUCGGUAUCCCAUGGGUCAAGGAAUAAAUGAGUUAUAUAUGCAAAGGGCUUGAUCUCUGUCAUUGAGGACCUUGGGGGAGUUGUGUCGAGUCCACUAGGUUGAGGCGCUAUGUCCUGAAGAUACCACCAUUAUGAUGAUGAUUUGAUAUAUUAGGAAAAGAAAAUAUAUGCAUUAAAAGAGCGUUAU